AGAUGGAUUAGAAAGAGGAGGAGCACGGAGGAGGAGGAGGAAGAGGAGGAGCUGCAGCAGAUGGAGGAAGAGGAGGCGUCCUGUGUGUCUGUGUCCAGAGGAGAGGAGCGGCCGCCAUGUUAACCAAGAAGCCCGGAACCUCGGUCCUCCCGACGGGCAAAGUGGGCGAGCCGGUCUACUCUCCUGGUCACAGUGGCUCUCAAACAACGUCGCCUGUCGCCCUGCCGCGGCUCCGGAACAACAACCUCAACCCCCUGACGGGAGGCUCUAAAGCCGCCAUGUCGGACGCCGUGCAGCUAUCAUCGCAGUCCCAAGUCCACGUCACGCAGCUGUACGAGGAGAACACCAACAAGCGUCCGGUCCUGACCUCUCAGCCCAAUGGCCUGGCUCCUCUCAGCUCCACCCGACCGGGACUACCGCUGCCGGACCGCCAGACGUCGACCUCAGAGCCCGCCCAACACUGCCGGCAGGGAAGCGCCGCCUCCAACAAGUCGACGGACAGCAAGCCCACCCCCUUGUCCCCGGAGCUGGCCAUGAAGCAGUUCAUGUCCAAAAUGUCGUCGUUCGAACACCACGAGGUGUUCAGCUACCCUGAGGUGUAUUUUGUUGGGCCGAAUGCUAAGAAGAGGUCAGGGGUCAUGGGCGGAGCCAACAACGGCGGCUAUGACGAUGAUCAGGGAUCCUACAUCCACGUUCCGCACGACCACAUCUCCUACCGCUACGAAGUCCUGAAGGUCAUCGGCAAGGGCAGCUUUGGACAGGUGGUGAAGGCCUUCGAUCACAAGUCGCAGACCCACGUGGCUCUGAAGAUGGUCCGCAACGAGAAGCGCUUCCACCGGCAGGCGGCGGAGGAGAUCCGCAUCCUGGAGCACCUGAGGAAGCAGGACAAGGACUCGAGCAUGAACGUCAUCCACAUGCUGGAGAACUUCACCUUCCGAAACCACAUCUGCAUGACCUUCGAGCUGCUCAGCAUGAACCUGUACGAGCUCAUCAAGAAGAACAAGUUCCAGGGCUUCAGCCUCCCGCUGGUCAGGAAGUUCGCCCACUCCAUCCUGCAGUGUCUGGAUUCGCUGCACAAGAACCGCAUCAUCCACUGUGACCUGAAGCCCGAGAACAUUUUACUGAAGCAGCAGGGACGCAGCGGCAUCAAGGUCAUAGAUUUUGGUUCUAGCUGUUAUGAACAUCAGAGAGUUUACACAUACAUCCAGUCCAGGUUCUACCGAGCGCCAGAGGUCAUUCUAGGCUCCAGGUAUGGGAUGCCUAUCGACAUGUGGUCUCUGGGCUGCAUCCUGGCCGAGCUGCUGACCGGUUACCCGCUGUUGCCGGGUGAAGAUGAAGCCGACCAGCUUGCCUGCAUCAUUGAGCUACUGGGCAUGCCCAGCCAGAAGCUCCUUGACGGCUCUAAGAGAGCCAAGAACUUUGUUUCGUCCAAAGGCUACCCCCGGUACUGCACUGUCACCACGCUGCCCGACGGCACCACUGUGUUGAAUGGCGGCCGCUCACGACGAGGGAAGGUACGCGGCCCACCGGGCAGCAAGGACUGGAGCGCUGCGCUGAAGGGCUGCGCUGACCCGCUGUUCCUGGACUUCCUCAAACAGUGUCUAGAGUGGGACCCGGUGCUCAGGAUGACACCCAGCCAGGCGCUGCGCCACCCGUGGCUCAGGAGGCGACUUCCAAAGCCACCAACAGGAACCACCACGGGGGAAAAGACCACCUCCUCCAAACGGGGCACCACCACCGCAGAUGGCGCCAUCACCUCCAUCUCCAAGCUCGCCACAACUUCCUCAACAACCACGUCCUCCUCCUCCAAAACCAGGACUAACUUAGCAGCGAUCACUGAUGCCAACGGAAACAUCCAGCCUAGGACCGUGCUGCCCAAGCUGGUCAGCUGAGAGUGAAUGCACUCCGCUCGCUGUGGUGGGAGUUGUUAGCUGUGCUCAUUGGCAACCAGCUAGGACUGAAUAAAACUGGUUUGUCCAGUUUUGAAGAGCGUUUGGUUUUUUUCACGCUGGUUUCCACAGCGCUGCUGGAGUGCAUUCAGGACAAAUGGAAACUUAGCGUUGGGGUGUUUUUAAAAUGUGCAGAGUAACUAGGCUCGGGAUGUAAGCUGAGCUGAAGGGAACUUUAUUGAUAAAUUGGGGUGCGUUCAGAUUCUCAGUCCUGUCUGAAGAGACGAUAGUCGAUUUUACGUUGUGAGCAGCGAGACGGGACGCGACCAUAAUUGUUUAAAAUCAUGGUGGGGCUGCUCAGACAAUCAGAACUCAUCACUCCACUCUGUAGCUCCAAACACACAUACACAUAAACAAACAUGGUGCUGACGGAGGGAACAAGGGUUUUUUUGUGUUUUUAGCACAGAAUCUAUUUAGCUGAGCUGAUAGUCGAUUAAUCGAUUAGACGCCAAAAACAACUUUUAAUAUGACCUUAGUCUUACAAAGAUAUAUCUACAGACGCUUGUAGGGUAAUGGCUCAUGUAGUAAGUCAGAUAUAUCCUUAUAAUACUAAGCUAACAGCUGCAAAAAAGCAACGCUUGCUAAUCUUUGUUUCACAUCAUCUUUUUGGCGAAUAUUUCUCAGUACUUUUCACUGAAAUUAGUACACAAUUAAUCAACACAAAAUCCUAGAAACCCGGACUGAACAAUCUAUCUGUUAGCUGGGUAACUUUCUCAGCUAGCUUUUGUUUUACAGUGUGUAGCUAGCCUGUGUUGUCAUGCUAGCUUUGUGCCUGUCAGCUGGCUAACUGUUAACUGGCUAAUGACCACUGGUUUAGUGUUAGAUCGCUAUUUAUUUGUGUUUAGCUGUCGUCUAUUUACCUUUUUAACUGGCUAGCAGUUAGUCUAGCAAACUGUUAAUCAGUCAGCUAGCUAUAGCUGGCUCACUCUUUGCCUUCUUUUGGCAGUCUGGUGGCUAGCCUUAGUCUUUUUUAGCCAUAGCCUGUUAGCUCUACACUGCCGAGCCUUACGAAGCACAGAUGAUUUAGGGUUUUAAAGUGUUAUAGGUUUUCUGAAAGUUACAGAAAGGAGGUGAAGUAGAGAAAAGAUCAGUAAAGAAGAUGUUUGUAUUAACUCUUAAAUUAAGAAAAUCUGAUUUGUUAAGGACACAAAAUGAUUGAAGGAGCUGUGAAGAUAGAGAAGAAGGUAGAUUAAAGGCACUUUUAUGGAAAACAUAUAAAUCAUGUAAAAAUAAAAAGGGGUCUGAUAUUUAACAAAAAAGGUAAUGUUAAUAACCAAAGUCCAUUUUUAAUUCUAAUUUUUAUCAACUAACGUUAAUUGAGAAGAAAAAUCAAUAAUUCAACAAGGAAAAUUAAUAAAAAUCCCAGUCUUUAUUGGGAUUGCUGCAACAUUUGGAGUAAAAGCGACAUAGCAUGGAUAACUGACUGACUGUACCUCCCUGCUGUUUGGAAAACACAGUGGCUCUAAGGAUUUUACAGCUUUAAAUCAUUGAUUAGAAUAAUCUAUAUGGAGCCUUUGUGUGUUAACAUUAGAUGUUUUAUGACAAACUUAAAAGCUUGAAGCAGCUUGCCUGAAGGUACCUUACAGUGUCAACGUCGCACUCUUAAAACUAUGUAGUGGUCGGCUGGUUAUGCAGAGAGAGAUCCUUCUGGGUUAAACGGUGGUGGGUUUUUAACUUCUACUCCAAUUAAACACCCCAUUGAGUCUUGGCUCCAAGUAAGGGUGAAAUCUAUAUCCACUAAAACAAUUCAUCAUUGAAAAGGGCUCCAGUCACAUCAGUAUGUGUUGCAGUUAGUUGGUUUCCAUCCUGAUGUAGAUCAAAUUUUAACAGAAUUCGCAGGAAAUUGGAAAAGGAAAAUGCAAAUGAAUGCACGUUUCCAUCCACUACCUUUAUGUAACUAUUGGUUGGACUCAGUUUGGGGGAGCUAAUUUUACAGUCAGGUGUCAUUGAACCAUUGCAGAAGAAGCAAUAACGGAAUAAAAAGAGAGUGGACAAAACAUGAUAGUUGCCUCCCACAGUAAAAAGACAUGCAAGUUAGGUGAAUUUGGAAGUCCAAACUGUCCGUAACGGUGAAAAUGAUCUUGAAUACGCGAACUCGGAGUCCGUCAUUAAGGAAACUUAAUUUCCUUAGCGGAUUUCCACUGGAGAAAGAUAAUGUAUUGGUCAUUUAUACGUGUAACUGAUUGGUUUCAGUCAGCAGUUCAGUUACAGUUACUGACUGAUUACUUAACUUACUUUAACAUUAAUGGAAGUACCUCGAUUUGUCAGCUAUUUAAUGCAGUGGUUUAAUAUAUCAUAAUAUAUAUUGUAUGAUAUAAUAAUAUAAAUAUAUGUAUGUAUAUUUCUAGAGGAUCUUUCAAAGGGCUUCAUGCAAAGCAUUAAAUUGUUGUGAAAGAAAAUAUAAAAUCUAAUCAAAUGGGGGGAAACUUUUAUGUGACAAAAGGCAGUUUUAAAAAAUAUAUCUGGUGUGACCGGGCCCUUACACCAUUAAACAGUAUUUAUUUAUACAACAGCACCUACUAGACUCUAGUACAAAACAAUACAGUAGAAGAUUUUUCUUUUAAGAAAUGAAAUAAAAUCAACGGAUCCACAACAUAAAAGACACCCGCUAAAAUAAUGUUUAGACGAGCAGUGAUCAGGCAAACUGACUAAUAUAUUGAUCUAAGGUCAGAAUUGGUAAAUAGAUCUAUCAAUGUGAUCGGGGAGGGGAGGGGUGUUUGAAGAUGUUUCUUAUUUAUUUGCCACAAUUUAAUGAAUAUUUAUUAAUCUAAUCUACAUAUUUACUAUGAUGUGCAGUUCAUACCUUAUACUUGAAUGUGUGCGUGCGUGUGUGUGUGUUGUAUGUAGCAGUGUGUAUGUGCAAUGUUGACGUUAUGAGAGAUUUUCUUAAAGCUUGUUCCCUCACACAAACGCGAAUAUAUAUAUAUAUAUACACACACAUACAUACACACACACACACACACAUAUACAUAUAUCUGAACGCACUCUGUAGUUUGGCUCCACCCCACAGGAAGUUGAGUCAUACUGGGACGAGGAGGAGGACAACGAGGAGGAGGAGGGAGGGGAGGGAGGGCUGUGCGCACUGUUGGACUGGCAACGAUGAUGUUAUGUAGCACACGGGAAGUGGAUAAUUGUGACAGGACGCACAGAAGGAACUGAUUAAACACACUGACACUACCUGCUCCGCCCAUCUCAGGGGAAACCCCGCCCCCCUCCUGGACCUGGACAGGAAACGGGAAGUACCCGAAGAGGAAGAGUACGAUGAGGACAUGAUGGGGGGGCGGUCCUCUCUGAUGGUUUGUUUGUUUGUUUUCUAAGGGUUGGUUGGUUGUGUUUUUUAAUUUUUAAUUUUUUUUUUUUAGUGAGAAGAGUGCUGAGAGUCGUAACUUUGUGCCUUCAGUAUCUCAUGGCCGUGCCACGCCCACCCAACACACACACACACACACACUCUUACAGUGACAAUGUCAUGGCAACAAUCUCUAAUAUAUUUAACAAAAAAUCAGUUUUCAGGAAAUUAUUUAGUGUCUUUUGGUGCAACUCGCAAUGAUGUCAUAAAGACUCAUAUCAGGUGAGUUUGUGCUGCCAAAGUGUGCGUUCUGAUUGGCUCCUGGUUUGGUUCAGCAAAGCCCAAAGAAGUCACGUGAACCCUGUGACCUCUGACCUCGGUGAGACUAUAAUAGAGUUUAAUUGUGCAGAAAAAAAAGUUGGGCUUUUGUUUUGUUGCCCUGAACAGAGUCUGUUAGGCUUCUGAAGGACUGAAGGUUGCUUCAAAUACCCUCAAGGCUCAGAUGAAGCAUCCUCAUUAGCAUCCUAAAAAUUACUCAAAGUGUUUGAAUUUAAUUAAAAAACAUUAACAUUUUUGUAAUUGAAUGCAGAUAAAAAAUUUAGAAAAUGUAAUUCAAGACAGGAAAAACAAUAAGUAAUGUUGAUCCGACGGUUGGUUAAAAUGUGCCAACACGUUGUUUCUGUUGAUGGAAUAUGAAUAGACAAGUGGCCAUGAUAUAAACUGGAUUACCAAGUUUAGAUCACAGUCUGAAUGAAAAAGCAAAUCAUGAAAUGGAGGCUAGCAGAACAUAAUCUGGCUCUUCAUUUCACCAGGAGGCUGGAUACUUGAUUAUCAGAGUUGUCCUGAAUGCAGCAUAAAUAGCAGCUGCUAAAGUUUUUUUUAUGGAAGCCCAUUCCUGCCAGGAAAGAAAAACUGUACAAGAGAUGAAGGAUAAAAAUAUAAAUAUAAGUAAAUCAACAUUAUGACAUAAAUAGGAAUUAAGAACUUUUGGAAAUAAAGGAUAAGGAUUUUAUUGGAUAAAAUUAUGAUAAAUCAAUUUUAACUCUCAGAAUUUUGUGUUGUGCAAUUUUGACUUCAGUCCAAAUUCUCAUGUCGUCAUAACUAUGACUGUAUCUCUAUCUCAAAAAGUAAGGAGUAAGUUAUUCUGGAGAUAUCCAAUACCAGAAGAAAUACCAUGAUAUUACGCGAACUACGACACAGCAAGUAAUAUAACUAAUGUUAGCUAAAUUGCUGUUGCGAAGCUAACAUGCAGAGAGGACGAGACGGCCCCAGAACCAGCAACCCACACAAAUCAUGGCUGCAACUGCUGAAAUUGCGUGUCAGCCGGCGUCCGAGCCCGGGCUGUGUACAAACAAUGGAUAGUUUUUCGGCGAACACACUAAAUAGUUGCUAAAUUUGACAAAGUGUGUUUUUAAAAUUAAAAUAGCUUACCCCACCUUAUCUAUCAUCUCUUUUAUACUUCAAUAUUUUGAAUUUGUAUCUAAAGAUUUUCACUUACUUUUAUUUGUCCUGCAGAAGUGGGCUUUCAUAAUUUAUUCAGAAUAGCAGACCAACGCACCAAUCACAGAUUGUAGCUUUAAACUGAUGAACACUGGCAUUUAUAUAUAUAUAUAUGUGUGUGUGUGUGUGUGUGUGUGUGUUGAGGUUUUGGGGGUUGUACAACAUGGCUGCACAAUGUACAGACACAUAUCAGCCAACUGUCGCCACUUGUCGCCUCAGGAUGAACGAGCGACUCCUGCUGGCGACAGGGCUAAGCUAACACUAGCCAAUCGACCGCUAGCGUCCAGCCGCUAGCUGCUGCACUGAUAUUUUCUCUACAGUGACGCUAACACUAGCCUACUGCUAAAUGACUGCUAGUAGCACAUAAGUUUGUACCUGCUAGCUGCAGUGUCGUUGAGCUCCUCACAGAGGCGCUCACGCAAGCUGUUAGCAUUAGCAUUAACGUGGUUUUAAAGCGUUCUUUUUUCAUGUUGGUACCUCAGACUGCUCAGUUUUCAUUAUUAAGAUUAUUACUGUUGUCAUUGUUGUGACUAACACCCAGGGCAUUUGGUUGAAUUUUACCAAAGUGCAUUCCUUUACAAGGCUAGCUGAGAGCUAGCUGCUGAAACAGAGAGCCUGAUGGGUAGGUGAGAAGGUAGGACAGAAAGCAAAAAGUACGUGAAUAGAGAGGCAAUCAGGAGAAGCCGCCUUUCAGACAACACAGAGGGAACGAGAACAUGUUAUGGUGUUUUUUAAACAGGUUUAUUAUUAACAGGCCCAUCGGAACAUGAAGUCUGGUUUAACUGACCUCUUGGUAGCAUUCAGAAAAAAUCCGAUUUUUUUUUUUUUUUAUGCUCAUGUGUGAAAGCAGCUGACUAGCCUGCUAGCGCGUUACCAUGCUAGCCAGUUAGCCUACCUGCUUCUUAGCCAUUUAGCUUCUCUCGGGAGGUCACUGCAGCCAGAGGUCAGCCGGUGUUGGCGUGAAGCUGCGCUGUAUUUCUGUGACAUUUGCCAGCUGGGUUUUAUUGUGGAUUUUAUCUGUAAAUAAUGUGGAAAAAUGUUUGAAUAAUACAUUUUUGGGGGUUGAAUGCGCUGCUGUGCCACACUGCGGCCAGUUUUACAACGUACUGUAUCUACUGUACAGAACACAGAAGUAAACACUUUUUCUAGUGAGCCUUUGUUAAAUUUUAUUGUGGUGGAAAAAUUAUUAUUAAUAAAACAGUUUUAUUGUUCA